CUGUUCCUGUUAAAAACCUUGACCUCCAAAUAAAUGUAAUGUCAGGACCCACCAAUCGGACCCCCACAGGUUCUAAGGAGCUCGAGCUAGCCCAGACAGGGCUAGGAAAACGAAUGGUGUCAGUGCCAGAGGACAGCAGCCAUAAAGAGAUAGUGUCACUGAUAGAAGAGGAGUUUUUGAAACUCCGCCCCCUUGAAGGAAGGUGGAUGUUUUUCAAGGCAACAGGAGGCAGUGGCCAAAGGAAGCUCUCUAUCGUCCCCAUGGACACAGAAGGCUACUCUGUCCGGCAGCUUCGCACUGCAUCAAACAAUGGGAAAAAUGUCCUCUUUUUGGUUCCUCUGCAAGAGGAGUUGGACACAGAGCCACUUCCUUACAAUGCAGCAGAAUUUGCAAGGAUGCCACAGGUGCCUUGCCUGACUUGCAAUACAACCAUGCCCCUGCAAAUGUUGGCACUUCAUGCCGAGAAUUGCCAACCAACAACAGAGGAGCAGAGUGGUGUGGCGGUCAUAGAGGAGGAGAAUGAGGAGGAGAAUGAUGCCAUUGGCACUUCAGAGGAGCAAGGGGUGUGCCCUAUAUGCCAAGAAGUAUUUCCUACUUCAGUGCUCCCUCUUCAUGCCAGUGUUUGUGCAGAAAGAUCCUUCUGCAACAACACAAUUGUGGAGCCUGAUAUGGAGGUUCCAGGCCCUUCAUCUGCAGAUUCCUCUGUGGCUCGAUCAGCCCUUCGUUUAACAACUUCUUUAGCAACAGCAUGGAAAACAGCAGAUACCCCCCUAGAAGCCAUGCGGCUGUUUCUACAAGAACUGAGGCAAGGAGGAGAACACCAGCCAUCUCUACUGCUGUCACUGGAUGCCAGGGAUGAUGAUGAGGAGCGGGACAGUGCCCUUGUUUCUUUUUACAAAGAAAUGCGUCAAAAGAGCCAAUGGACAGCACCUUUCAAGUGCCGCAUUCUAGGGGAUGCUGCAGUUGGUGUGGGGGUUGCUAGACAUACCCUGUCAUCAACCAUUUCCAAAUUAAAACAUGGGUUUAAACUGAACUUGGGAAAUGCUGCAGUGACUACAAUGUUUGAAGGACAAACAGACCACCUUGUGCCUGCCUUGUCCGCAGCCCUCAUUGACAGUGACCUGUUCCUUAUGGCUGGUAGGAUGAUUGGCCACUCCGCAAUUCAUGGCGGUCCUACUCUGUCAGGGCUUAGUCUGGCAGUGGUGGAUUCCUUGAGAUAUGGCUCAAAGGAAACGGCCACAUCAUCGCUCUGCCUAGAGGACUGCUCAGAUAUAGACCACAGGGAAACCAUCGGUCUGUUGCUGAAGGAAGAAUUGGGUGAAGAAGAGUCUUCACGAGUAACCAACCUUUGUCUGGAGUGGUAUUUCCCGGUGCCAACCAAGGAGACAAACAGACUACUACUCUUCCAGCAGCUGCUUUCUCAUGCUGUACUUGGCAGAUCAAAUGCUCAAAUAAAGCAAAUCAGAAAGGGGUUGAAGGACACUGGAAUUUGGCCACUACUUGCCUGUCGACCAGAUGUUGCUCCCCUAUUGUUCCCCAGAGAGUCUGUUGUGAAACUCACCUCCCAACCCAGCAUCGUGCAGCUUGAUUGGCAUUCGCCAGACAACACCAGGAUUGGCUGGCAGAUGGUCCUAGAGUCCAUCACAUGGCCCCCAUCGAAACAAACAGAUGACAGUGACAACAGUGACAGUGAAAUCUCAGAUGGCAAAGUCAGCCUCAUCUCUGGAUUUCUUCGAACCUUCGUUGAAGAGGCAUCCCCAGACAUUUUGCGGCAGCUUCUGAAGUUCUGGGUCGGUUGGGAGGUGCCAUCCAAUACCCUCAAGUUAGAAAUUGUGAACUCAUGUGGUCGUAACCACCUACCAACCUCGAGCACCUGCUAUGAGCGUUUACGUAUCUCUAAUCACUACACCAGGUACUCCGCUCUAAAAGCGGAUCUAAUUAUAUGUCUACAGUCUGUUGAGAGUGGGUUCGGCCUGGUGUAAUAAGGUGAACAACUUAAAAAAACAUUUUAUUUUGCUUGUGACACUUUGAAAAGAAUGCAGAAUGAAGAAUGGCCUUCUCUGC